AUGAUGGAGGAGCCGUCGCCGAAGCUGCAAAGAUUUACCCAAAACCCGUCACUUCCCGAUGAUCUGCUAAUGAGCUGCGUUACACGCAUGUCAAGACUGUACUAUCCCACUCUCUCACUCGUUUCCAAGAGCUUUCGAUCUCUACUUGCUUCACCGGAGCUUUACAAGGCCCGUUCAAUCUUGGGCCACACCGAGAGUUGUGUCUAUGUGAGCUUACAGUCUUCUUCUGAAUGUCGCUUGUACACCCUCUGCCGAAAACCUGAUCAAACCCUAACCAAUAAGGAGAAAAAGAAGCAGAAGAGAAAGAAGUAUAAAAAGUCAAGUGGGUAUGUUUUGGUUAGAGUCCCAAUUCUCCACUAUCCUCGUCAAGUGUCACCGGUUCUUGUAGCAGUUGGUUCUGAUAUCUACAAAAUAGGAAACAGAUCCAGUUACAACAAUGAUCCAUCCUCUAGCGUCUCGGUUCUUGAUUGUAGGUUUCACACAUGGCAAGAGGCUCCAAGCAUGCGGUUGGAGUACACAUCACUUUCCGCUAGCGUCGUUGAUCGAAAGAUUUAUGUAACAGGAAGCCAUAAAGAUUCCUUGAAGGGAUCAUCGGAGGAAAGUAGAUGGGAACUGACUGAACCAGGUCUGGGUCAUGCUUUGUUUUCAGAUCGUUCUUGUUGCUUGAUAGACAAUGUCUUGUACUCUGCUUCUCAGGGACGGCUCGGAUGGUAUGACACUAUGAUAAACGUGUGGAGACCUUUGAUAGGUUUGAUAGGACUGCCUAAGCUGUUCCCUCAUUGUUAUUCUGUAAGAUUGGCUGAUUGUGGUGGUAAGAUGGCGGUUUUUUGGGAGCAGAUAUUCUCCUCUAGUUUCGAAAAGAUGAUUUGUUGUGCGGAGAUUUCGCUUGAAAGGCGCAAUUAUUUUGAUAUUUGGGGAGAAGUUGAGUGGGUUGAUCAUGUGCUUACGGUUCCUUUAUGGUAUGAUUUAGUCCAGGUUCUUGCUGCUACUGUUUGA